CUUAAAAUAACUGCUUUUAUCAGCAAACUUCCAUUGAAAGCUAUUUUUUAAAUUAAAUAUUCUACAUAUGAAUGCCUGAUAUGGAAACUAUAUCCAUAGCAUACAAGUCAGGGAACCCCAGGCUCCAAAGUGACAGAGGCCUAGAGGUCAAGUUUCUGGUCUCCAGGGGUAACAGCGAAGCCACACCCCCAUCUUUUGGCUCAAAGGGCAAAGCCACUCACAGCGCUACUGCUGACCUGUACCACCCCCGAAAGCCCCAAAAGGCUAAAGUCCUAUAUGAGUCCAUCCUGCCUGUAGACCCCAGUAACCCCAAUGAAAUCAGGAUGAUCCUGAGGACGAUUGGCUGCCCCUUGACAGAGAAGCAGCUGAACAACAUAAAAAAGAAAGAAAUUAAAAGAUUGGAAGAUAUCAAAAAGAAAGAAAUGAAAAGAAAGGAGCUGGAAAAGAAAUGGAGCCAGCUGCAGAGGCCUAAAUGGAUCCUCAAGCUCAUCAAGUUGCGACAGGGGACAAAACCCGCCCAUGGCAGCAGCGGACUGAAGACAACAGCCAGCCAGAGUGUCCGUACAUCAGAUAAGGCGGCUAGCAACAAGGGGCAAAAGAGAACAGCCAGCCAGAUGGAAGGAGAAAGAACAUGUACCUUAGAGGCAUCUGGAAGGGGACCGAAAAGAGCAGACAGCCAGCUGGAACGAGUAGAACUCAACUCAUCCAAAAGCUUCUUCAAUAUCCCUCCCAGCCAGAAGAAGUUGAGAGUCAUUGAUAUUUACUCAUAUGUAUUUGCACCCAGCCACAUAGCCGAUCACACAUAUGCACGCAAGAAUAGUUCUUAA